AAAUAGCGAACCUGGCGCGCGUAAAGCCGUAAAGCAGCGAACCUGGUGUGCUCCGACGCGCGCGCGCGCUUGUGUGUCGAGUUUGGUCCUCGUUUUUGUUUUUUUCCACACUUCCCUCUCCCGUCCGCACCCCUCCACACAAACCCAUCGAUGCCCGUUGGCGCGGUGUUCUACGCUGCGUUACGCACACGCACACGUACACAACACACACGAGCGCGCAUUUCUAUCGUACGGGUUCCGAAUCGGUUUUAAGGUGUGCGUGUGCGUGUGCCUCUUUGCGAGUGCGCGUUUGUGUGUGUGUGUGUGUGUGUGUGUGUGUGCUGCGCGUGUGAGGCUCCGCGUGCGUGCGCGUGUGUACGUGUUGUGUUGCCCAAACGGACGAAAAUAAUAAUAUCGUCGUGUAGAUCUGCUGCUGUGGUGGUGUCGUAGUAGUCGAAAAAGAAACGCGUCCGUCUCGCCGUCCGCGCACCACACCGGGCGUUUUCGAAAACGGGUCCGGGCACCGCAACAACGACGACGAUAACACCUAAACAUUGUUAUUAUUAUUAUUAUUACUAUUAUAUAUAACAAUUCAUAGAUAUAUGUCUAUGUAUAUCAACAUUUUAAUCGAACCGACCAGCAGCAGCGCAGGGCACACACGUCGUGUGUGAUAAUAACAAUAUCAUUGUGUGUGUGUAUAUAUAUAUAAUAAUAUUAUACACGGUAGGAUAAUAAUAAUAAUAAUAGUAAUAAUCACAAUAAUAAUAUAGGUAAAUAAUAUCAUCUCGUUUGUACAUGCCGCUGCCGUACGCGUAAUAAAUAAAUAGUAGACUUAAUAAAAUAAUUUGUCGUGAUAUUAGAUUUUUUCUAUUCUUUCCUGCACCGCGACCGCGACCGACCGACCGAGAACCGUUGUGUUUGUGUGGUGUGCAUAUCGCUAUCGGCGCCGCCGUCGAAUUUUUCCACUCGUCGCGAUGCCGCGGAUCCAGUAGAACGGCGCAUCGGACGCGUAGAUCCAACGCCAGUACAACAGUAUCCGGCGUGUACCGAGUUUCGCGUAGCGGACCGAUCGUCGCCGUCACUCCCCGGCACGGUGCACUCGUACCCAUAUCAUUAUCAGUAUCAUCGUCGUCAUCAUCGUCAUCAUCAUCACCGCCGCCGACGUCCGAUCCCGGCGCCCCGCCGCCCGUCCGUGAAAACGUGUGAAAGACCAAAGGCCGCGGCGCGCACGAACCACCGCCACUACACGCCGUCAUGUCCGUCAGCCAACAGUUUUGCCUGCGAUGGAACAACCACCAGAGGACACUGAUUUCGGUGUUCGACAGCCUCCUGGAGAGCGGCACCCUUGUGGAUUGCACGCUGGCCGCAGAGGGACGAUACCUGAAAGCUCACAAAGUCGUGUUGUCCGCCUGCAGUCCGUACUUGGGGGUUUUAUUAAGUCAACAUCAAGAGAAACAUCCAAUCUUAAUUUUGAAAGAUAUCAAAUUUCAAGAAUUAAAGUCAAUGUUGGAUUAUAUGUAUCGAGGCGAAGUCAAUAUUUCUCAAGAAGAACUUGGUACAUUUUUGAAAGCUGCUGAAUCUCUUCAAAUCAAAGGCUUGACAGAAAGUGCUGGUAUUGGGGUUCGUGAUAAUUCAGAUUUUGAAGACCCAGUAUCUAAACGUUUUGACCAUAGAAAACAACCACCUUCUUUAUCAUCAGUUAGUUCUAACUCGCCUACCAUUUGGAGCCAAAAUGAAAGUGUACGUACAUAUUCAAGACCAAGAGAGGGUAGUUUAUCUCCAACCAGCAAGAAACGGAAAUUACAAAGAACAAAUGGAUCAGAUGAUCAUCAUCCCGAUAAUGGUGAUGAUAGCAUGACUGAAUCUGAACCUCAGGGAUUAGAAAAAUCGCCAACUAACAAUAAUAAUAACAUCCCUUCUUCAGUUAGUAAGGUAAUUAAAGCAGAACCUUACCGUAAAUCGUGUUCACCAGACAAAGAAGUGCUUAAACCAACUGAAAAUACGAUAAUUAAACCAAAAGUAGAAUCAAUUUCUGGUGACCGGCAAGAAUGUUUGACAGAAAUGUCAUAUGACGAUAGUGUAGAAGAUAUGGCUUUAGAAGAGGAGGAAGAAGAAUUUGAUGAAAAUGAAUUAUCACAGCCUGGAACUUCGCAAGGGGACACCAAUCACACCGCGCCUCAAACAAAUUCAUGGCAAUUAGACACAACUAAUCAAGAUAGCACCAGUACUGUUAAUACACCAAUGGAUUGUAAAGAAAUAAUAAAAAGAUGGCAGGAUGGAGGUGAAAACUGGGAUGGAUAUCCUCCUACUCAACGAUCCCUUGUGCCGCUUUUCAAUUCAUUUGGCCCAAAUGGCCCAAUGUCUGCCAUAAAUUUCAAAUUCACUAACUACUACAACAACUGUAAGUUUGAUCCAACUUCACCUAAUGACACGUUACAAAUCAGUAAUGCAAGUUCACCAAGCACGAGUGGUGGAGUAGAAUGCCCACGUUGCGGAAGGCAUUAUAAACUUAAAAGCUCAUUACGCAAUCAUCAAAAAUGGGAGUGCGGAAAAGACCCACAAUUCCAAUGUCCAUUUUGCAAUUACAGAGCUAAACAAAAAAUGCACGUUGCUCGGCAUAUUGAACGCAUGCAUAGAGAAAAAUGCUCAGAAGAAUUUCAAAAUAUUACUGGACAAACUACGACAGCUGCAACAACGGCAACAGCUGUAGGAGAUAUUAACUCAUAAGUACAAACUUUUUAAUCAAAUUAAAGUGCCGUAAUGUUCACAUAUUGACUGGUCAUAUUGUUCAAGUCCGUGUAAUGAAAAUGGUUUUAUAUAUGCGAAUAUCAAAAUAUUUUUUUUAGACCUUAGUCUUAAGUGUUAAAAGUGCCAAUGAAGUAUACAAUUGUUUACAUUGUGUACACAAAUUAUUUAUUGUAUCGUAGUAAAUUAAGUUAAGAGUUAGGCGUAUCACAUCUGGCGAUUUUAAUUGGUCCAAUUGACUUCAAUAAGUAAUAAUUACUAUUUACAUUUCACUUUUGAUUUACACUAGAUAUAUCUCAUUCCCAAAUAAUCUUUUUGCUACUAUUUGAUUUUUUGUAUAGUAAAUACAAACAUAUAUGAUAUAUGUAUUUGUGCAUGUGUAUUUAAAUAUAAACAAACAAAAUUUGUGUUGUAUCUAUUAUUUAUACAUUUUGAGAAAUUAAAAAUACUUAUUUCCACUUUAGCCCUUUAAUGAUAAUAUCAUUUUUAAAUUAUUUAAUAAUAGUACUCCAACUGUGAUAUGAUUCAUUUUGUUUGUUGGCCUAGUCGAUAUGUAUGUUAGCUUGUUGGAUUGUUAAAAUCGCCAUUAAUUAUGCUAUUUAUUUGAAAUAAGUCAUGUUUUGCAACGAAUUGUUAUUAUGUACAUAAUUAUAUGUUAUCCUAAUUAGUGUCCUCCGCCAAUCUCCACUAAUGUAUUUAAGAACAUUCUAUAUGAUAAUGCCUACCGUAAUAUAUAUAUAUAUAAGUGUGAUAUAUACUCGUAUAAUGUUAGUUGGACACAAUUAUACCAAAAAUGAAACUGAAAUCAAUUUAUAAUCAAAAAAUAUUGUAUUGCACAAUCAAAUUAUUUUUUAACCAACUUUAAAAAGUCUGAUUUUAAGAAUGUUUAAAAUAUAUUUUUGUAUUGAUCAAUGUUGAUUGCCAGUCGGCAGAAACCAUGUGAUAAUCGUGCCUUUUUGUCUGUACUGUUUUAUUUGCAUUUAUUUUGUUUGUUUUAGAAAAACAUUUUUAUUUUAGAUUAAGAUGCAUAACAAAUCUUUUUAUUUAUGUAAUCUUCUAUUUUCCCCACCAAAAAGUGCCAUUUGAAAAAAUACUUCUUGUAGAUUAUUUAAUAUUUAUUUUCAACUUCCAUUUACUUGUUUUGCCAUAUUAUAUAAAAGAAUUUUUUUUUUUAUUCUUUUGGAGAUAUUUUUAUUACAAACAUGUAUAAAACUAUUGUUAGUGUAUAAAUGGAUUAUUAUAUAUUUAUUGUGUAAAUAAUACAAAUUUAAAAUCUUAGUCUAUGCACAUAAAAUCAAAUAUUCGUAAUGUGUCAUACUAAUUUGUUAAUAAGUAUUAUUUAUUAAGUUAAGCACUUCGUUUUUUUUUUAUUUAGUUAUUAAUUGAAUUUAUAUUUAUUUCAAUCAUUAUUAUCCUCAUUAGAUUAUAUAAUUUCAUUUUUGUUUCGUAUUAUUAAUUCUUUUAUUGUUUCCCUUUAAGCCCCCAUAUAUUAUCAUGUAUUACUUCAUUAAUUAUCCCAUGAGUAUUUAUGUUUACAUCCAUUGCUUUUUAUUGUAUUAUUUUUAUUAAAACAAAAAAAAAACAUGAAAUUUUUAACGAA